CAGUUUCACUUCCGGGUUGUAAUUUUAUUUAUAAAAUUGACAAAUGAUCAUAUUUCUUCAAAAUUUGGAGUCAGAGACAAGUGACCAACAAGAUUCAACAGAUAAAUCAGUUAUAAACAUUAUCUUUUAUAGUCUUGAAUUCGUUCGUUUGGUGCUGAGUGAAGCUUGGGCUCUAAUUUUGGAUUUCAAUGUGCAGACCCAAGUUCUUUUAGUUCUGAUCUGCUUCCUCUUACUCAAUAUCAUUUCUGUUAAUAUUGCUUGGAAGAUUUAUAGCCCCAGCAUUCGCAGUCCACAUAUCCCUGGUCUUGUAUCUAAAUAUUCAAAGCUGAACUCUAAGGACUACAAGAACAAGAGUAGAUAAUUAAGGCACCAUGGCCUCGGCUAUCAAGAAAUUCUUUCAGAAGAAGAAGCUUGAUGUCAAGUUUAAGAAAGCUGGUGAGGGUCACAAACUGAACGAGGAAAGGCCAUCAACAUCAAGGCAAGUUCCAAGAGCAAGUGACAGUGGACACAGAGAUGUCAGCUGUCAGAGAUCUAUUUCUGAGGAGAAACAACGUGCAGCUGAGGCAGCCCUUGCCAGAAGUCAAGGUCAGGCUAGAAAAGAUCCAGAUCCGAGCAUGGCUGCAAAGGCGAGGAUGAGGCGAGAACUUGAACUGGAGAAAAAGAAAGAAGAAGAAGCUAUGGCACUGGCACAGAAAUACAGUGAACCCCAGGAAGUUGUGAAAGACAGUGCUCCCAUGGCGAGGCUGCUGUUCACAUGUCCAGAUAUUGGGCCUGCAGUUCUACCCAAACAUGAAAUUGAAGCUUUAAUUAAGGAGUUUUUGUUGAGUCAGCUGGCUGAGGAACCAGAAAUGGCUUCGGCUUUGAUGAUUCAGACACUGAAUAAAGAUAAAGAAAGGGUUAAAAUAUGUGUGGAAACAUUGUGUAAAUAUUUAGACAAUGUGAUGAAUAAUCCAAGUGAAGAGAAGUUUAGGAAAAUAAGAAUUUCUAAUAAAGCAUUUUCUGAAAGAGUUGCACCAUUGGAAGGAACAGACGAGUUUCUUCAAGCAGCUGGUUUUGAAAUGAAGAUGUUACCAUUUGAGGAUCAUGAAGAGCGUUUUUUUGUUAUGGAUGAAAGCCUAGCAAGUGAUACUGACAGACUGAACAAUGUUAAAGCUGUUCUCCAAGCUGCUGAGCCUAUAAAACCUCAACUUGAUCGUGCUACCAAGGUUUUCUAUCCAUCUAACUCUGCUGCAAACUUCACCAUUCCAACAGAAUUCUAUACCAUAUCCCCGCAUGAACUGAAGAAAGAACAGCAGCGAAAGCAAGAGGCUGUUGAAACACUUGGGAUGUUGAGAACAAAAGCGAUGAGAGAGAGAGAGGAGAGGAAGGAGUUACUGAGAUAUAGAUACACCCUUAUUCGAAUAAGAUUUUCAGAUGGCAAUUUACUUCAGGGUACAUUUAAAGCAACAGAAAAGCUGCCAGCAUUACGAGAAUUUGUCAGAGUAAAUUUAGAAAAUGACUGGAUGCCUUUCCAUUUAUUUACACAAAUUGGUGCGAAGUUAGAUGACGAUAAUAAAAUGUUGGCAGAAUAUGGCCUUACACCUGCUGCUGUUGUAAAUUUUGAGUGGGACAAAGCAGUACUGCAGGAGGUAACAGCUCAGCAAGGCUCUGCACAGAAAUCCUCACCUCUCAAACAGGAGAUACUCGAACAAAUACAAGAAUUAGGCAAUUGUUGAAUAGUUAACAGAUAAUUUAAGUUGAUAUAUUAGUCAGAUGUUGUGGUUUUUAAGUCAAGACAGUUACUGUUCCUCAGUUAAGGGUGCAUUGAGGUUUCGUUAGUCAGUACAUUCAGUUUAAACAGCAUGCCUUAAAGUUUACAUCAGCUUUUUAUUAUUAAGUAUCAACUUUGAUACUAAUUAACAAAAAGUAGAUAUAAAAUAAAAUAUAAAGUAUUGAAUUACGAGAAAAUGUAUAGGAAAGCGCUUUAACAUGCUACUAGUAGUCACAGGCUUAAGACUUGUAACUUAAAAAGUGGAAUUUUAGUUGUGAAAAAACUUACAGAAUUAUGUAAAUUGGAGGCAUGUUACUUUAAGCCUUUUAUUUAGAGAUAAAUAAAACUCUUGACUAUUCAUUCAAUACUAGUUUGGCUCUGAUAUAAACAUUGACUUAUUCAACAGUAAAAGUUGUUUUUACAUAAACCAUGUUAUUAUUACUAACUCAAUUCAAGUUGUACGCAAUAAUUGCAGUUUUGAUGAAGUUUGGAAACCAGAUUUGAUACAUACCAAACUUGUAUUUUUUUCUCUGCGACAAAUGUUAUUUGUUCAUUUAAAAACAGAUACACUUUAAACCUUUUUUUUUUUUUUUUAUCUUUUUCAUUCGGGUUAAUUGUUUAAAGAGUUAAACUGACAUGUUCUUUUUAAAAUUUGUAUUUCAAACUGUAUUCAUAAACUAACUGAAAUUUAGGCUAUAGAAAGACAGCAUUUUUAGGCAAUAAAUGGUGUAAGUUUGGUUGCAUGUUGCAGCAAGAACAAAACUUGUCUUGUUUGAAUACUUUACUUGAAAGAUUUGGAGAUGGAGCAACAGCUUACCAGUAAUGAAUUACAAAUAUUGUGAAAAUACUUAAAGGUGAAAGCUUCAGUAUUAGAAUUAAAUCAGGUUUCUAAUGUGAAUGGUUGUUUGAAAUUUACUAAAAAUUUCUAUUGGUUUUGUGCUAUGAUAAUUCAGUUCCUUUGCUAUACAGAGUCACAAGGUGUGAUUGGCAGAGCAAACAGCAUUUUCUUGUACAAAAAUUGCCUGCCAUAGCUUAGAGAUUGUUUUUUGUUUAAUGGUUGCUUCUUACAAUUGAUAUUCUUUAGGCAUGUUUUUUUCCAUGUGAAUUUGGAAAAAUUUAUGUCACAUCAAGCCUUCCAACAGGUUCUUUAUACUGCGCUUGCCAAAGCCUACUUUUACUUGCUUUAGAGUUAUUUAAUCAAGAUUCUUUCAAAUUUGUUUUACAGAAGGAUGUAUGUAUAAAGCUUCUAAAGCACUUCUGAAAUCUUAAGUUUCAGUUGCAGCUUUCAUUUUAUUGUGAUAUAUGUAUUUUAUAUCUUGUUCUGUAGAAAUACACUGUGAAUAAAUUGCAUUGAGAGAGUGAAUGAUUUAAACCUCUGAUAUAAAGUACAUUUAUCAAAUGAAUACAUGUGCUUAAUUGCAUCUGUAUUUUACAGUUACUAGUGUUGAAUGUGAUGUUGUAGUAAAUCACUGAAUUUAAAGAA